AUGCCUCCGCGGGUAUCAGUUCCAUCGCUGCGGCGGCAAGCCCUGCGCUGCUCAUAUGAGCUUCAUUUCGUUCGUUUCGCGUCCGCGGCCGCUGCCCCGGCCGUUACACCAGCAGCACCAAUUGAACAAAUGACACGCUCAACUGCUCCAAUUUCAAGAUUUCCUCCCAGUCAGCCUCCGUCGCAUCGCAACCCCGAAUACCGCCGAUCUCAGCUUUUGCGACAAUAUACCUCAAUUCUCCGCACUUCCCCCUUAGUUGUUCUGUUCCAGCACAACAACCUGAAAUCCAUGGAAUGGGCAUCCAUUCGACGCGAAUUAAACAAAGCCCUGCAGAAGGUAGAUGAGAAAAUUGCUAGCGAAGGACGUACAGCGCCUGCGUUGGCCCCAUAUAUCAAGCUGCAGACCGUGCAAACCAGUAUUUUCGAGGUUGCCGUGCGCAUUGUCGAGUACUUCCGGCCCAACGACGCCUCUCUAGCCUCAGGAAACCCACCAAGCGCCGUCGACCCUGUUACACAGACCUCUGCCGAGCUCCCGGCUGUUUCAGGCGCCAAGGAUGAUCCUUCCCUCACUCACGACUUGUCUCGCGCCGCCCACGCGGCAGUGAAACACCUGAAAGGCCGACACGAGCUCUCCCACAUCCUGGUCGGCCCAAUUGCCGUUCUCUCCAUCCCAACCGCCGCGUUGUCAAUCCUCACGCCCAAAGAGUCUGGUUUCCCUGCUCCUACGCGGAGAGCCAACCCAGAUUACCACGACCAUGUCGUCCAGGUCGGCUUGCAGAAGCUCAAUCUCCUGGCUGCUCGCGUUGAUGGCAAGGUCUUCGACAUUAACGAGACCAAGUGGGUUGGAAGUAUCGAGGGUGGUAUGGAUGGUCUCCGCUCCCAGCUCGUCACUGCCUUGCAGAGCAUGGGCUCCAGCGUUACUACUACUCUGGAGGGUGCUGGCAAGAGCCUGUACUUCACGAUGGAGAGUCGGCGCAGCGUUUUGGAGGAAGAGCAGAAACCCGUAGGCGAGAAGAGCGAAUCCUCUUAG